AUGGGCCAUGAUAUGUCAAUUAAUGGCACCCGCAAGUCAUUGAGACGAAAUGGACUUAAAUCUCGUAGAAAAGUAAAGACCAAUUUUGUUAGCAAGACAAACAAGCGGCUUCGAUUGGCGUGGGCUAAAAAGCAUAGGCAUCUUACUAUUGCUGAUUGGCGUCGUUGGAUGUCUUCGGAUGAAACAAGAAUAAACCUUUGGGGCUCAGAUGGUAAUUCUUUUUACUGGACGAAUGUUGGCCGAAUCAUGCAGUCGUAUCAAGUCAAGUCUCAGUUGCAGAGAAAUGACGGUGGGGUCAUGUUCUGGAGUUGCAUAACAGUGGAGGGGCCUGGUUAUGGUACUACCAUUAUUGAAGACGCAAUAAACUCGGGCUUGUAUGUCGAUAUUUCGAAGACAUCAUUGAACGAUACUCUUGAGCACUUUGGGAAGACACCAUCUGAUGUGCGAUUUCAACAAGACAGAGCAACACCGCAUACAUCGGGCAUUACUAAACAAUGGUUCACCGACAAUGGGUUUAACCUAGACGAAAUCAUGGAUUGGCCACCUCAAAGUCCCGAUCUUAAUCCCAUUGAACAUGUCUGGCAUCUCCUAAAGCUUCGUCUUAAUAAGUGUCCCACUAGGCCCUCAACAAAAGAAGAAUUAGAGCGGCGUAUUAACAUUCAGUGGUAA